AAUCGAAAUAUAGGAAAUUAGUGGACCAUAUUACACUUAUGCACAAAACAAGUUGAAUGUGUGAAAAAUAUGACCUCAAAAAUUUGUAUCAACUAACAUUCAAACACCCAUUUAGGAUCACAAUCAUCAGAAGUCAUUAAUACACACGUAAGUUCCAUAGUUACCAAAUAUACACGAGCAUCUAUGUAAACACAUACUGAAAAAGAGCUCCCCUUCUCAUGUCUUGAAUUCCAUGACCAUCUCUCACUCAAAAUGAUGCAGUUUCUGAUCAAGAUUUUCCUGAUCACAGCAUUCUUCACAACACCUUCAUUCCAAAGGGAAACCCCAUCAUCACCUAUCUGUUCCAAGGCUGACAGAGCUGCCCUUCUUGGCUUCAAGGCCAGCGUUUCCAAGGACACCACCGGCAUUCUCUCCACAUGGAGAGGUGGUGACUUCUGCAGCGGAGCAUGGCAAGGAGUCGAGUGCGUCGCUGGAAGGGUUACCAAGCUGAUCAUGCAGAGGCCAUCAUCAUCAGAAGCCCUCUUCAUGACUGCCAAACUGUCCCAUUCUCUCAGCAAUCUGCAAUUCUUGGAGGUAUUGAUAAUUAGUGGGAUGAAGCACAUUGCAGGAACAAUUCCACACAGUUUUGCCAAUCUCACACAUCUCACACACCUUGCUCUUGAAGAUAAUUCAUUGCAUGGAACAAUCCCAUCAAGUUUAGGCCUGUUGGGAAACCUUCAGACAAUGUCAUUGAGUGGGAAUCUUCUGACUGGAAAGAUUCCACCAGCUUUGGGGAAUUUAAGGAAUCUGUUGCAGCUGAAUCUAGCAAAGAAUUUACUCACAGGUCCACUUCCCACAACUUUUAAUGCAUUGAGAAACAUGCAGUUUCUUGAUCUCAGUUACAAUUCAUUGUCUGGAUCCAUCCCGGAUUUUCUUGGAGGCCUCUUGAAUCUGACAUAUCUUGUCCUAACCAGCAACAAGUUUUCGAGCCAGAUACCGAUAUCCUUGUUCCACCUCACCAAUCUUUCUGAGCUUUCAAUUGAUCAGAAUCUGCUCAUUGGCAGAAUCCCACCUCAAAUUGGGAAUCUGAAGUCUGUUUCUGUAUUGAGAUUAAGCUCGAAUAAGCUCACGGGUCAAAUCCCAGAUUCCAUUGCACAGCUGCAAAACUUGUGGAAUCUUAAUCUGUCAAGAAACAUGCUCACAGAUCCUCUGCCUAACAAAGCAUUUGGUAAAGGGCUUCCUUCUCUACUAUCAAUCGAUCUUUCUUACAACAAUCUCAAUUUACAGACAGUCCCUGAAUGGAUCAGGAAGAGACAACUGUAUGAUGUUCAUCUUGCAGGCUGCAAGAUUAAAGGAGCACUGCCAAACUUCACAAACCCCAAAUUCUUGACCACAUUAGACCUAUCUCACAACCAUCUCACAAAAGGGAUUUCAAUUUUCAUGACAAACAUGACAAACUUGGAAACUGUAAAGAUUUCAAACAACUUACUCACAUCUGAUCUCUCAUCAAUCAAACUCCCAGAGCAGAUCACCAUGAUCGAUCUCCACUCAAACCGAUUGCAUGGCUCUCUAUCUAAAUUAUUCAGCAACAAAUUAAACAACUUAAAAGUACUCAACAUAGGAAGGAACAAGAUUUCAGGUCACAUUCCAAGUUCAGUUUCAAACUUGGCUAAGUUGGAAAGCCUCGACAUUUCAAGAAACCAAAUAGCAGGAAGAAUUCCUACAAGUUUGGGCUCGUUGGAGAAGUUGAGUUGGCUGGAUGUCUCCAUGAACAAACUCACGGGAAAAAUCCCCGAGAGCUUUUUGGGAAUCGAGGCCCUGAAGUAUGCAAGCUUCAGGGUGAAUAGAUUGUGUGGGAAGAUCCCACAGGGAAGACCUUAUAACAUUUUCCCUGCAGCUGCAUAUGCUCACAAUCUGUGCUUGUGUGCCAAACCACUGCCGCCCUGUAGCAGCAAAUACUACACACAGAUUUCUUUCUAGUUAGAUUUUUUCUUUUCCAUUGGGACCUUGUUUUUAUUCACAUACUAAACACAUGUAGCAAAUAUGGCAUUGUAGUGAAUAGGAUAGUGUUAUAUCUUGAUCAAGAUAUCUAAAAUCUUGCACAGCUGAUACAUGCCUCCUGCAUCUUUUACUGUGACAUCAACAAAUUAAAUGAACCCUUGUAAAGUUUCAUAUCCAAUUUUUCGGUAGGUUGAUGAAAGGAAACUACCUGGAUUACUCACUGCA